AUGGCAGCAGCAUCUCCGGCAAGAUUAUCAGCAACAAGUUGGUUUCUUUUCGUCGUAGUUUCCUGUUUCAUAUCGACUCUUAUAUGGAUAUUCGUUUAUCUUUUAUCUAUUCGCGAAGCUCUUAAAUUACCAAUUAAUUGGACAUUGUCGGAACUUUUGAACACGAUAAUAAAAACUGUAUUUUACGUAACAGCUUUUAUAUCUCAAUUGUCUGCGUGGUCCCCCAUACAUCAUUCGGCAUGGCCGAGAGAUUCUAAUUUAACUGCGGGGAGUUUUGGAUUAUUCAACACGAUUGCUUAUGCUGCUGGAGUUUAUUAUUUAUAUCAAGAUUGGAAAUAUUCUCAAAGCAACAGUGGACCAUAA